AAUGCAAAGCCAUUGGAUGGUGUGAAAAUUCUUGAUUUAACAAGGGUGCUCGCAGGGCCCUUUGCCACAAUGAAUUUAGGAGAUCUAGGGGCUGAAAUUAUCAAAGUGGAAAGACCAGGAGCUGGUGAUGAUACAAGAGCCUGGGGGCCACCUUUUGCUGGAACAGAAAGUGUUUAUUUUCUUAGUGUCAAUAGAAAUAAAAAGAGUAUAGCUGUCAACAUGAAGGAUUCAAAAGGAGUAAAGCUAAUCAGAGAGCUUGCAGCAGUGUCUGAUGUUUUUGUGGAAAACUACGUCCCUGGGAAACUGGCUGAAAUGGGUCUAGGUUAUGAAGACAUUAAAAAGAUUGCUCCUCACAUAGUGUACUGUUCAAUAACAGGUUAUGGUCAGACUGGUCCAAUGGUUCAGAGAGCUGGAUACGACUCCAUUGCAGCUGCUAUUUCUGGUCUCAUGCAUAUCACAGGGCAUGAGGAUGGUGAGCCAGUUAGACCAGGAGUAGCCAUGACAGACCUUGCUACUGGGUUGUACACAUAUGGAGCAAUUAUGGCUGGUUUACUUCAAAGAUACAAGACAGGGAAAGGACUGCACAUUGACUGCAAUCUCUUGUCAUCUCAGGUUGCAUGUCUCACUCAUGUAGCAGCUAAUUACCUUAAUUGCAAAAUUGAAGCAAAACGCUGGGGUACUGCUCAUGGAAGCAUUGUUCCUUAUCAGGCUUUUAAGACCAAGGAUGGCUACAUUGUGGUGGGAGCUGGAACUGACAACCAGUUUGUCACUGUGUGCAAGGUCCUGAAUUUGCCUGAAGUUAGUAAGGAUUCCAGAUACAAAACUAAUACACUCAGAGUUCAGAACAGAAAAGAACUUAUUGACAUAUUGUCAAGCCGGUUUUCAGAAAAAGCAACAACUGAAUGGUUGCAGCUCUUUGAAGGUAGUGGGGUUCCAUAUGGCCCAAUCAACAAUAUGCAGCAAGUAUUCUCGGAUCCUCAGGUGCUGCACAAUGGGCUUGUGAUGGAAAUGAAUCAUCCAACAGCUGGGAGGAUAGCUGUUCCAGGACCAGGUGUCAGAUACAGUGAAUUUGCUGUGUCUCAUCCCAAGCCACCUCCUCUUGUUGGACAGCAUACAGUGGAGAUACUGAAGGGCAUGCUGGGGUAUGAGGAUGAUGCCAUAGAAGAACUGAUCCGCACUGGUGCUGUGUCUCAGCAUGAGGUCAGAUAA